AUGUCGCUGCCUGACGAUCUGUGUCUCCACUUGGAGGAGCUGAUUGCGAAGGCCCAGGAGGGCCCCUUGAUCGCCACAGUGGCCAAGGUGCUCGGUGUGCUGGAGGCGGCUAACCUGGCAUUCAGGGCCAAGGUGCACUCCAAGUACAUAGCUUGCCAUCCAGCCAAUCGCGAUGGCGUUGGCUGUGUUGGCAGCGAUUGUCACUCGCUGCUAGAUGAUAUAUUGGCGGUGGGGUGGGACCCUUCGGCCCCCAAGCCAGUGUGCGUGGAGGUGCGGGACGCGCACGAUGAGGUGGUGGCGUUCAACGAGAAGAUGAUCCAGAGCAACAACAACUUGCUCGCGCCGCUACAGACCGGGUGCGUGAAGUACGCCUCCUUGUCGGCCAGCCACACGAACCAGGUGCUCAGGCUGCUGCACGCGCAGCACCCGCACACGCACAGCGCUGGCUCCGAGGGCACGGCCAUCACGGUGGGGGGGCUGCUGUCCAUGGAGCAGCUUCGGAACACGGACGCCCUCUUCCACGCGGCCGCUGCAGGUGGCAUUGAGUGGCAGGUUGUGGCAGAGAAGGUUCUGCAACGCUUUCCGGCUUUGGGCGAGCUCCUCCAGGAGGCUGGAAAUACGUCAGGCCAGCUGCAACGGUCGGAAACCGACAUGCAGCUCGCCCGACGUAUUCUUCGGGAGGUCAGUGCCGCGCCCGCGGGCCAGGCAGUUUCGUACCAGAGCAUUCGCCAGCGAGUGCUCCGGUCGAAGCCAGCGUGCGCCCAGGCAGUGCCGUGGAUCUUCGGCUUCGUGGUGAAGUUUGCUGGUGGGCUGAAGGGCAAGGUGUUUGAAGCGCUCAACAGCGUCCAAGAAGCUCAGAAGGAUGUUGCCGCGCACUUGAAGAUCUGCCUGAAGCCGGGCAAAGGGGUCGUGACGGGCUGCGCCUUCAAGCGCCGCUCCUUGAUCUUGGUUCCGGUCACAACGAAGGUUGAGAUCAAGCCUGUUGACAAGUCCGCCGGCCAAGGCCCCCAAGUUGGUGAGCUUCUACCGGGGCUGAUUGUGAUGCCGAAGGAGGGCACGCCUGGCGCGAUUGCGCCUUUCUUCUUUGUCCAAACCACCCAGGACCAGGAAGAGAGCAACAUGGAAAUGGCCAAGAUCAAGGCUGAGAAUGGGUUGUUCGUUCCGGUCAUGCGGAACACGGAGGCGAUUGAGGAGGGGGAAGAGUUGCGCUUGCACCAGCCCAAAGUGCAGGCUACCCGAAAGCUUGCAGCCAUUGAGAAAGUUCAGGAAGCUCAGGGGCCCAAGCCCAAGCGAGCCAGAGGUAAGAAGGCUGAGUGA